AUGACAGCCCCUCCUACGGCGUCCCAGGCGCUUUCUGCUCCUGUCCAUCAGGCCUCCUUCUGGGAAAAGCUGGACGUUUUCCCAGGGCUUCUAUCACUCGUUGGGACGGCUCUGUACACGGCGGUUGCGGCCCCAUUCCGUGGCGAGUCAGGAGCUCCUUACUACGGACAGCAUAUCAGUUAUGCCGUCGUGCGAAAGAUGGUGCAAAGGUUCAGCACGCUUCAACUGCAGUAUAUCGGCGAACCCUUUUCGAAAGUCUACGAGAAGUGGUGUAAAGGUGCUGGCAUCGAGCCAGCGUUCGUGACUCUGAAGUCUGGAGUCAAAGCGUUCUGGGUAGGCGAUCCAAAGACAGCCAAAUACGUGUGUGUGUAUUUCCAUGGAGGCGGUUUCUCGCUCGAUGGUGAUGACACGCACCUCAAUUUCUGGCACAGCGUUCAAACCGAUCUCAACGCCGACAACAUCUCAACGGCCUUCUUGUUCCUCGAAUACUCGCUCGUGCCGCAUGCGACUUUUCCCAAGCCAAUCUACGAAGCCGUCGAAUCGGUCAAAUACGUCAUGGAAGAACUGAAACGCCCGGCAUCGGAGAUCUUCCUCGCUGGCGACUCCGCCGGCGGGAACAUGUGCCUGGGCGUCCUGUCGCAGAUUAUGCACCCGUCGCCCGAAUUUCCGGAGCUCAAGCUGGCUGACGGGGAGAAGCUCAAGGGGAUCGUGGCGGUGGCUCCUUGGGUCAGCUUCAACCUUGACUGGGACAGCGAAAAGAGGAACCGGUACAAGGACAUUGUCACCCAUUUCGCGGGGGGGAUGUGGUCGAGGGACUACCUCGCGGGGAAACCGUCGACGUUCUUUGCCGAGCCGUUCAAUGCUCCCGCAGACUGGUGGAAAGAUGCCAAGGUCGAGGGGAUCCUGGUUACAAGCGGCUCCAACGAGGUCUUGGUCGACUCUAUUGGUGAAUUUGUCAAGACGUACAAGUCUGUUAACCCAGACUCAAUGACCUACGUGAUUGGUACGAAUGAGGCACAUAUUGCCCCCAUCAUUCAAUUGCGGUUUGGUGACAAGUCUGAGACGGAGCAAGGAAAAGCUAUCAAAUCGUGGCUCAAGUCCAAAUUGUGA